AUGAAAUUUUAUAAUAAAAAAAAAGAAAAAAUAAAUAAUUUAUUUAAUUUUAUUAAUUUAAAAAUAAAAACAUCAUAAUUUAAUAGUAUAUAAUAUAUUAUAUAUAAUUAUUAUUAUUUUUUUUUUAAAAAAAAUAAUUUAUUAAAAAAAAAAAAAAAACUAAAAAAAAAAAAAACAAAUGAACGGAAAACGAAAAUAAAAUUAAGAAAUGCAAUCAUCUUUAACAAAUAAUUUAUUAGAAAAAAAAUAAAAUAAGAAUUAUAAUAGGAAGAGAGUACACAUUAUUCACAUACUUAAUAAAAAAUUUGUUAGACAUACCAAGAUACAUAAAAUGAGGAAGAAUACGAUGAACCUUUAGAAUAAGAAUAAGAAGAUGAAUUUAAUUCUUAAAAUAAAUAGGCAUAAAAAGGUUCUCGUUAAGAUAAUUCAUUAAGCGUUCUUACAAAAAGGUUCAUUCAACUUAUUUAAUAAUAAAAGAAUUAAACAAUAGAUUUAAAUGAAGCUGUUAAAUUAUUAAAAGUAUAAAAACGUAGAAUAUAUGAUAUUACUAAUGUUUUAGAAGGAAUCGGAUAUAUAGAAAAAGUACACAAAAAUAAAUUGAAAUGGGUCGGCGGUACAGAUGAUCCUGAACUUCAAUAAGAAAUAAGCUAAAUGAGAUAAGAACUAGAAUAAUUAGAUAAAUAAGAAAAGGAAAUGGAUUAAUGGAUAAACCAUUUACAUGAAAGUUUGAAAAAUACAUUUAAUAAUUCUGAUGAAACAUCUAAAUAUGCAUAUUUAACAUAAGAAGAUUUUAAAAAUAUAUCUAAAAAAACAUAAUAAGAAUCAAAUGAAAAUAUGUUCAUUAUAACUGCUCCUAAAGGAACUACUGUAGAAGCUCCUGUUAUGGAAUAAGGAGUUUAAUAUGAAUUUCCGUUUUAAUUAUUUUUAAAUAGUAAAAACGGAUAAAUGGAGAUUUUCUUAUGUACUGAUGAUAAUAAUGACUCUGAUGAAUAAUUAAAUUAAUAAUAAAAUGAAUGUUUAAACGACUUUAAUAGUUAACAAUCUAAUAUUAAAGCUGAAACUGAAUGAUCUUGUAGAAAUAUUUUUUACUCU